UGUGCGGUUUCCUCACACGUGUGGUGAACGUUUGGACUGGCUGCAUGCAACAGAGCUCAGAGAGUUAGUAGAGUCCCAAACAUAUUAUCUACAUUACACAAACAGUGCGUCUUGUUGCCUUUCUAACCUAGGUGAAAGAAAAUAGUCCUCCGUGAAGCAUUUCGCCGAGAGGGCCGGAAUACGGAAAAAAACAUUUACAAUGACUGAAGCCCAGGUGAACCCAAAGGCCUACCCGCUGGCCGACGCCACGCUGUCCAAAACCAUCCUGGACCUGGUGCAGCAAGCCUCCAACUACAAACAGCUGAGGAAGGGAGCUAAUGAAGCCACUAAAACCCUGAACAGAGGCAUCUCUGAGUUUAUUGUGAUGGCUGCUGAUGCUGAACCACUGGAGAUCAUCCUCCACCUGCCACUGCUCUGUGAGGACAAGAACGUCCCGUAUGUGUUUGUCCGUUCCAAGCAGGCCCUGGGCCGGGCCUGUGGGGUGUCGCGCCCCGUCAUCGCUACCUCAGUCACCAUAAAGGAGGGGUCCCAGCUCAAACCACAGAUUCAGUCUGUUCAGCUGGCUAUUGAGAGACUGCUCGUCUGAUUCUUCUGUUGCACUGCUGUGACAAAGUCUUCUUGAAAAAAGGGGAAGACAAAUUCCAGAUUGAAAGUAAUUGUCUUCUGUUUGAUUUGAAAAAAAGUUGUCAAGAAGAACGAUUUUUUUUUUUUUACUUUUUAGGACAUUGCAUAAGUGUAUCAGUUUGCCAAGGCAUCACCUGAUUCAUAUUAAAUGUUUUUUUUAAUUA